GAAUCAUCGCGAAAAUCAUGGAAGGAAAGCAAAAAUUCUACUGGGCUGUGGGCGGAUAUUUCAGGAAGGUACGUGACGAUCACAGUGCCGUCAGCUAGCGUAAGAAAUUUAGAAGAUCCAGGCCCCGUAAUGAGCAUGUACGAUACACUUCUGAAACAUUACCACGAUCUGAGAGGCACUGACAUCGACAAGCACCGGAAGAUGUGGAUUGUGGCGGACGAACAACCAGUUGCUGGCUACAUGCAUGCCGGCUAUCCCAUCGUAACUCACAUGGAUGUGGCCGAUCCCAAAAGAGAUAACUUCCUCCUCAACGAACAAGGAAUAAAAACCAAAACUGAAAGCUUCUGGGGGAUUUUCCACGAGAUAGGCCACAACAUGCAGCAGGGAGAGUGGACGUUCGAAGGUACUGGGGAGGUGACGGUCAACAUUUUCACCCUCUAUGCCAUGAAACAAAUUGGAAACAUGGAAACGUGGAUUCAUCCGUGGCUGAAGAAGCAUGUGGAAGCAGGCAUCAAAUACGUCAAUCACGGAGCUGAUUUCAACACAUGGAAAAAGGAGCCGGGUACUGCUUUGCUAAUCUACGCUCAACUGGUGAAUGCAUUUGGCUGGUCUAUCUUCAAACAAGUUUUUCGUCGCUACCAAAAUUUACCCGCAGUGGAAAAACCCAAAAAUAAUCAGGAAAAGAUGGAUAAAUGGUUUGUUAUAUUUUCCGAGGAAUGCAAAUUCAACUUGGCUCCAUUGGCAAUAUAUUGGGGAUUUCCAAUC